GACUCCUUCAGGUUCAUGGCCUCGAUGGCGGCCGACUCGGCGCUCGAAAGCCUCAGUAGUGCUCAGGACCGGGCAAAAGCGGCGGCGGCGGAGAUGGCGGCAGCGGGCGCGAGCGUGGGCAGCGACGGAUUCACGACGAUGGCGAGCGGGCUCACGAGCGGGGUGGACCGCGUGCGUGCGGCGGGCGACUCGAUGGCGAGCAUCGACCUCUCCAAGCUCGAGGCCGGCUCGAUCGUCUCCGCUUGCUCCUCCCUCACACAGGCAGCUAAGGAGUCGGUGCGCUCCACUGUCGAGGCGGGCUCGUCCUCGCUGCAGGCGGCUAGCCUCACGGCGACGAGCGCGAAGCUCUCCGACCCGAAGGCAUCCGACGACGGCUCCGAGUCGGGCGGCGAGGAGCUCCGGCAGACGGGCUUCCUCGCGCGGCUCGGUCUGCAUCAGGCCGGCCGCGCGUCCGAGCAGGAGAGGCUCGUGCCGUCGUCGCAGGCAGAGGCGAUGGGCGGCAACAGCUGGGACAAGGUGCGAGGCCUGCAAGACAGCUUGCACGGCAUGGGCUCGAGCCUUGGCUCCGGCCUCACUGCCCUCGACCCGAGCGGGUACCUCGGAGGCAACAAGCCGCGCGAACCCGAGACAGCGUUCGAGAGGCUCAAGGCGUGUAGCUGCUGCCCCGGCCUGAGCUAUCGGCAGCGGCUGCUCGGCUCAAUCCUUUGCUUCGCGUUCGGCACCCUCAUCUCCCUCUCCGCCCUCAAUUCGCUCGGCUCCCUCCUACUCGGCAAUGCGGCGCCCUUUGCCUUCAAGUACACUCUCGGCAAUCUGCUGCAAAUCGGCGCCUCUACGUUUCUCGUCGGCCCUGCCAAACAGUUGCGUGACAUGGCCUCGCCCGAGCGCGCGACUGCCUCGCUGGUGUACGGCGUCACGCUCGCGGGGACCCUCUGGUCCGUCUUUUGGCUCAAGGUGCAAGUCGUAUCGUUUGGCUUCAUCCUCUGCCAGUUCUGUGCCCUGACAUGGUACAUGCUCUCGUACGUGCCCUACGGGCAGGCGUGCGUCUUGAAGAUGAUGAAGCGGGUGCUGUGA